GAAAGUACUGCUAUCCAAACACGUCGACAUGGAGAAGAUAAACAGUCGCUGUUGACGUUGUGUACAUCUGAAUUGGGCGUGUAAAUGUCUGAGGAACACAGCUUUGCCUGACAUCUUUAUUACAUUAAUUUGUAUUUUAUUGAAGCUACAUUCCUAAGGGAAAAGCUAAUGGUCGUGACAACAUGGACAGUGGCCUGAGUCCCCAGGAUAAAAAAGACUUGGACAAGUUCAUUAAGUUCUUUGCCUUGAAGACCGUCCAGGUGAUUGUCCAAGCUCGUCUCGGAGAGAAAAUAUGCACUCGCUCGUCCUCAUCGCCUACUGGCUCUGAUUGGUUUAAUUUGGCCAUCAAAGACAUCCCAGAGGUGACUCAUGAAGCCAAGAAGGCACUGGCUGGCCAACUUCCAGGAAUCGGACGCUCCAUGUGUGUCGAGAUCUCCCUGAAGACAUCAGAGGGGGACUCAAUGGAGUUAGAGACCUGGUGCCUGGAGAUGAAUGAAAAGUGUGAUAAGGACAUCAAGGUUUCAUAUACAGUCUACAAUCGUCUGUCUGUCCUUCUGAAGUCUCUGCUGGCCAUCACCAGAGUAACACCUGCUUAUAAACUGUCUAGAAAGCAAGGACACGACUAUGUCAUAUUAUACAGGAUUUACUUCGGGGAAGUCCAACUGAGUGGAUUAGGAGAAGGUUUUCAGACGGUGCGUGUUGGUGUCGUUGGCACCCCUGUUGGCACAAUCACACUUUCAUGUGCUUACCGCAUCAACCUGGCAUUCAUGUCCAACAGACAGUUUGAGCGGUCAGCUCCAAUCAUGGGGAUCAUCGUGGAUCACUUUGUGGAUCCUCCCUGCAGCAGCCAGCGUGCCAACAUGGGACAUCCCUGCAACUACAGAGCUCCAGAUGAGGAGGACGGAUAUGCAGGGGUUCAGGAUUCACAGGAGGUCUGCACCACCUCCUUCUCCACCUCCCCCCCCUCACAGUGUGUGUGUACACUGAGUCCUUCGCCCUCUAAACUGUCUAAGCCCCUCCCUCUGGACACUCUGCCGCUUCCAUUGGCUCCUGGACUUGUCACUCACACUCUGUAUGCUUCCAGGUUAUCAUAUCAUCAUCCAGCUCAAACAGGAGCUGCUGAGCUUUGUCACCCUGCUGCAAACCAGGGUUUGCAUGCUGGGAAGGAUCACGGUGGGGUUGUGUUGGUUCCCCAGCCUCCUCAUGGAGCGGAUGCCCAUCUGACGGUAGAGCACGCCGCCAACACACCUGGCAGCAGUGGCGGCGAUGACGGCCUGACGCACAGUGGAGAAAGGAGGAGGGACGAAGGGAGCAGCGUUUCUCCCUCUGACCCCGUGGAGUCUCUCAACGCAUUCACGCGGAAAAUCGGAGCUUUUGUCAAUAAAUCCAACACACCGAUAACAGCAGCCAGUCUGGACCUGCCAUUCGCUGCAUUUGCUCCUCGAGGCCUGGACUCGGAGGAGAAUGAUCCCAUGGUGCAGCCUCCAGACUCUCCUCCUUGCCCGUCCCCCCUGCAGGCCAGCCUCCAUUCUCAGGGCUCAGAGGGAUCGGGGCAGCAGGAUGACUUUGUCAUGGUUGACUUUCGUCCAGCCUUCUCUAAAGAUGACUUGUUGCCAAUGGAUCUAGGCACUUUCUACAGAGAGUUUCAAAACCCUCCUCAACUAGCCAGCCUCUCACUACACAUCAGCUCCCAGUCCAUGGCUGAUGACUUGGACUCACUGCCAGAGAAACUGGCCGUUUAUGAGAAAAACAUUGACGAGUUUGAUGCUUUUGUGGACAUGCUCCAAUAGAAGAGUGAAGAAAGGAGGACUUUAUGUGAGAAAAGACUACAUGUGUGGUGGCAAAUGAAACAGAAAAAAAAGAAAGGGAGGGAGAAGCAGACUGGAGGCUCUGUAGCCAUUUGUCCUGUGAGAAUCACUGACUAAAUAUUUUAAUGUGAAUCUCCUCA